GGGAUUUUUAAUAACUUACCGGCACGCGGCACUUGAAUCAAACUUCAGAGCGUUAACUGACUAGACACAAUUUGUGAAAAGUGAUUGUCAUGGCGUCUGAGAGAUACAGUUUUUCUUUAACUACUUUUAGCCCUUCGGGUAAAUUAGUGCAAAUAGAAUAUGCACUGGCAGCAGUCGCCGCUGGAGCACCAAGUGUUGGAAUAAAAGCCUGCAAUGGAAUAGUCCUGGCUACGGAAAACAAACACAAGUCUAUUCUGUACGAUGAGCACAGUCUCAGCAAGGUUGAGAUGAUCACCAAGCACAUUGGAAUGGUCUACAGUGGAAUGGGUCCGGACUACCGGCUGCUUGUCAAGCAAGCUAGGAAAAUGGCCCAGCAGUACUUUUUGGUCUACCGCGAGCCUAUUCCUACUGCUCAGUUGGUUCAAAGAGUUGCUAUGCUUAUGCAAGAGUACACUCAGUCUGGAGGUGUACGACCAUUUGGAGUAUCACUCCUAAUCUGCGGCUGGGACAACGGUAAGCCUUAUUUAUUCCAAUGCGAUCCAUCAGGCGCGUACUUUGCCUGGCGUGCAACAGCAAUGGGAAAAAAUUUCAUCAACGGAAAAACUUUCCUCGAGAAACGUUACAGCGAAGAUCUCGAGUUAGAUGAUGCUGUACACACUGCCAUUCUGACGUUGAAGGAAGGGUUUGAGGGACAGAUGACUGCCGACAAUAUUGAAGUUGGAAUUUGCGAUGCCAGCGGUUUUAGACGACUUGAUCCUUCUCACGUCAAAGAUUACCUUGCAAAUAUUCCUUAAUUUAAAAAAAUUAUUUUAUCCUUUUUUUGUACUUCUAUAAUUACACUCUUAAAACUUCAAUAAAGGUUCGAUUGGUGAGAAGAUUAUAGGAGUUAAGUAUAAAAAUAAAAACUUGCUAUUUACUAUCAAAAA